GAAGGGAAAAAAAAAAAAAAAGAAAAAAAAAAAAGAAGGAAAUUAGGGUUCACGAGGUGUCUUUAUAUGAGUUGAUUUGGUAGAAGGGAAUUUUGGAGCAGAUCCAUUCGCUGUUUCGUUUGAGUUUCGCAACCUGGUUUUGCUUCAGUUUCAUGAAGCUGCGGCCUAAUGGCAAACUAUUCAGGAAAAGGAUCCCAGUCAAAUGGGUCUGUAUAUGUUUGCAACUUGCCUGAUGGGACUGACGAAAACAUGUUGGCUGAAUAUUUUGGAACAAUCGGGUUGCUAAAGAAAGACAAGCGAACGGGAAGACCAAAAAUAUGGUUGUAUCGAGAUAAAGCGACUAAUGAGCCAAAAGGAGAUGCUACUGUAACAUAUGAGGAUCCGCAUGCUGCGUUUGCUGCUGUUGAGUGGUUUAACGACAAGGAUUUUCAUGGUAGCAUCAUUGGUGUUCAUAUAGCAGAAUCAAAAAGCAAAGAUGAACAAACCUAUAACUUGGGGGCAGAUCCAAAUGUUGUGGCUGAUUAUGGUGGAGUGGAAGAAAAUGCUCGUGAUAUAAAUGGGGGUGCUGGUAGGGGUGGGGGUCGGGAUGAUGCUUCUGGGAAGGCUUGGCAACAAGAGGGAGACUGGAUGUGUCCGAAUACAAGUUGUUCCAAUGUUAAUUUUGCAUUUCGUGGUGUCUGCAACCGCUGUGGAACUGCCAGACCAGCAGGGGCUUCUGGAGGUGGUGCAUGGGGUGGUGGCCGGGGAAGGGGUCGUGCCCAGGACUCGGGCGGCUCUGGCCGAUCAAUUGGUGCUCCUGCAGCUACAGGAGGACUCUUUGGCCCCAAUGAUUGGUCUUGUCCAAUGUGUGGCAAUAUCAAUUGGGCAAAGCGUACAAAAUGCAACAUAUGCAACACUAAUAAACCUGGUCAUAACGAAGGUGGCGUAAGAGGGGGACGUGGUGGAGGUUACAAAGAACUUGAUGAAGAAGAACUGGAAGAAACUAAACGUCGGCGACGCGAGGCUGAAGAGGAUGAUGGUGAGUUGUAUGAUGAAUUUGGCAAUCUCAAGAAAAAAUUUCGUGCGAAAACACAGCAAGCUGAAGCUGGAAGGACGCUUCCAGGUGCUGGACGUGCUGGGUGGGAGGUGGAGGAACUAGGUGUCGUUGACAGAGAUGGUAGAGAGAGAAGUAAAGACAGAGGAAGAGACCGAGAUGAUGGGGACGGUGGCAGGAACAGAGAACGUGAUGACAGAGAAAGGCGUCGAAGUCGAAGCAGAGAACGUGACAGGGGAAGGAAUCGGGACCGGGAUUAUGGUCAUGACUGGGAUAGAGAUUAUGGACGAGACAGGGACAGGGACUGGGAUCGGGACCGAAAUAGGCACCGCUAUUGAACAUCUGGUAUUAUGAAAGCUAAAAGCUUACAAACAUUAUUUUGAUCGUCAUGAAAAAAAUGGUUACUUUUGCUUAUUGUGCGAUGGCUGGCUUUUUGGCGAGUGGUUUAUCUGUGUCAUCAUGUAAACUAUUACUCAAUGCUUCAGGAAUGUUUGAAUCAAAUCUUGAACUCUUUCCAAUGUUUCUCAAUCUUGAAUUCUACUUAUCUGUGUCAUUAUCGGUAUUCCAAAAUGGUCUGUCCUUGUAGAAUAUUUUAUUCAACUUGGAUUUUGGAACAUAUUUCCAUGUUUCUCAC